UAGAUCCAGCCGGCCUCCUAGUUCUCGCGAGAGAAAGCGCGAAGCCUGCCGGGAGGAACGCUAGGCCGUCCGUAAGUUGGGCCAAAAUGGCAGAUCUGGAGGAAGGGUUCACGUUGACUGCGGUACCCCUGGGUUCCGGGCCUGACGGACCCCUCGGAGUGGAGCAGAGCGACAAAACCGACCAGUUUCUAGUGACGGACAGCGGCAGGACAGUCAUCCUCUAUAAGGUUUCUGAUCAGAAACCCUUGGGGAGCUGGUCAGUGAAACAAGGGCAGAUUAUAACAUGUCCAGCUGUGUGCAACUUUCAAACUGGCGAGUAUAUUGUUGUACAUGAUAAUAAGGUCUUGAGAAUAUGGAAUAAUGAAGACGUCAACCUGGAUAAAGUAUUUAAAGCAACAUUGUCGGCUGAGGUGUAUAGAAUACAUUCAAUACAGGGAACAGAACCCUUGGUGCUGUUCAAGGAAGGUGCAGUUCGUGGUUUAGAAGCUUUGCUUGCAGAGCCCCAGCAGAAAAUUGAAACUGUUAUCUCUGAUGAAGAAGUGAUUAAGUGGACAAAGUUUUUCAUGGUAUUUAGGCAUCCUGUGCUAAUUUUCAUUACAGAAAAACAUGGAAACUACUUUGUUUAUGUACAAAAGUUUAACUCACGUAUCCUAAGCAAAUACACACUUUUACUUGGUCAAGAAGAAAAAUGUGUUAUACAGAGUUUUAGUACAUCUGUAGGUCGGAAAUUCAUCUCUCUAAUGUCAUUAAGCUCUGAUGGAUGUGUAUAUGAAACCUUGAUACCAAUACAUCCGAAUGAACCAGAAAAAAAUCAGAGGUUAGUUCAGUCACAGUUGCUCAAGUCUGUGGUGUCCGGCAGUGCUCGAAAUGGUGUUGCACUCACCAUCCUGGAUCAAGAUCACAUAGCAGUCUUGGGAGCACCACUUCCAGCUUCUAAGGAAUGCCUCUCUGUAUGGAAUACAAAAUUUCAAACGCUGCAGACUUCAAAAGAGUUACCACAAGGGACCAGCGGACAACUCUGGUAUUAUGGGGAAAAUCUGUUCAUGCUACAUGGAAAAUUUCUAACUGUAAUUCCAUUCAAGUGUGAAGUGUCAUCAUUAGCAGGUGCUCUUGGAAAACUCAAACAUAGUCAAGAUCCAGGCACUCAUGCCACACCUCAUUUUGUAAACUGGGAAACAUCACAGGGAUGUGGACUUGGAUCUCAGAACUCAGAGCAGUCAAAGAGAAUUUUAAGGAGAAGAAAAGUUGAAGUGAGUGUACAGCCAGAGGUUCCUGCCUCCACACAACUCUUAGCAACCAUACAGAAAGAUUCAGAAAAACAUAUCGAAGUAGAACUACGUAAGUUUUUGGCUACUACGCGGACCCCUGACUUGCAUACCAUUAUUGGGGAUGUGAUAGUAGGACUUCUGGGAAGAUGUAAAGCGGAGCCAACAUUUUAUCCCCGCAACUGUCUGAUGCAGCUUGUCCAAACGCACGUGCUUUCUUACAGCCUGUGCCCUGGCUUGAUGGAGUUUGCCUUAGAAAAGACCGACGUGCAGAUCCUACAACUCUGCCUACAGCAGUUCCCUGACAUCCCUGAGUCAGUCACCUGCGCUUGCUUAAAAGUUUUCUUGAGCAUUGGUGAUGACACUCUUCAAGACACAGAUAUCAAUAUGGAGUCAGUUUCUGACUGUGUGGAUCCUGUGCAAGGUGGGGAAGUGGAAGAACAGACUGCAUGUCUUCAGAACGGCCUCAGUCCUGAGGAAGGUGGCCGUGACAGCUGUGCUCAGGCCAGCGCAGGCGAGGGCGCCUCGUGCCCCGUUACCCCGAGAAGAGCAGCGCUGCUUAGAAAUGCAGUUCUUCACUCAGCAUACAGUGAGACGUUUCUUCUGCCUCAUUUGAAGGACAUCCCAGCACAGCACAGCACUCUGUUUCUCCAGUAUUUGUAUUUCCUUUAUCUGAAGUGUAGUGAAAAUGCUACAAUGACUCUUCCUGGAACACAUCCUCCAACCUUGAGCCAGAUUAUGGAUUGGAUAUGUCUACUUCUGGAUGCUAAUUUUACUGUUGUGGUAAUGAUACCAGAAGCAAAAAGGCUACUGUUAAGUCUUUACAAAUUUGUGAAAUCCCAGAUAAGCAUUUGUUCCGAGCUCAACAAGAUUGAAGUAAGUUUUCGUGAGCUACAGAAAUUAAAUCAAGAAAAGAAUAAUAGAGAAUUAUACUCAAUUGAAGUGCUGGAACUCUUCUGAUGUUACUCGUUUCCCUUCAUAGACGUUUUAUGAAGCUCUUUUUUGUGGAUUCUUCCUCCUCAGCCAGGCAAGAGAUGUGUUUUUUUGACUCUCUCUUCGAUGACAAGACAGAUGCAUGUGAAAGCACCUAGACCAUCACUGGCUGAUGCUCUUAGGCGGGGCUUCAGGUUUCACGAGAGCCUCUUCUAGGUUAUGGACAUUGGCGGGGUGAGAUCCUGAAACUUUUUAAAAUACGGAACUGAGCUGCUUUUAAGUAAACUUAUUUGUGUAUUGAUAAAAGUUUAAUUUCUUACCACCUGUUUGAAUAGUUCUUUUAAUAAAAAAAAUCACCAUUGGAGAAACAGUAAUUCUAGGAAAAAUACAGUUUUAUCAGAGUCA